AAUUCGUUCUAAAAUCCUGUGUGAAAAUCUCGGGUUCAUUUUCACAAUUUCAAAAAACAAAACCCCCCAGACCGAGAGGCCAGGGUUAUAUAAAACCCAUCUCUCUCGCCGCUCCUCCGUCUCCUCCAUUUUCCAUCUCCGCCGUCUGAGGCCUUUCUCUUCUUUUCCUUCUUCGGUCGUGUUUCUGUUUCCGAAGUUCAAGUCCUAGCUUCCAAGAUGAAGCUCGUUAGGUUCUUGAUGAAGUUGAACAACGAGACAGUGUCGAUUGAACUCAAAAACGGCACCGUUGUACACGGCACCAUCACAGGUGUGGAUAUCAGUAUGAACACACAUUUGAAGACCGUGAAACUGACUUUGAAGGGGAAGAACCCAGUGACUCUAGACCAUCUCAGCGUGAGGGGUAACAAUAUUAGAUAUUACAUCCUUCCUGACAGCUUGAAUCUUGAGACUCUGCUGGUAGAAGAGACGCCUAGGGUCAAGCCAAAGAAGCCCACUGCUGGGAGGCCUGUGGGACGUGGUCGUGGACGUGGACGUGGAAGGGGACGUGGCCGCGGCGGCCGUUAGAUGCAUGGCGCUGGUUUCAAUUUUUUAGGCACCUGUUUAUGUAAAAACACCUAUGUUGUAAGGGAGAACUUAUCGGAGAUCCUAUUAGAGGUAUCAAAGGAGUGACAUCACUGUUACUUCAAUUAGUUAUCUGCCUGGUGAUUUGACACUCAUCAUUUCUUGCUUGUAGUGUUUACUUUUGGAUGUUGAUUCAAAGAGAACUAGUACUCCCUAUGUUUUGGGUGACCAGAUCGUUCAACAGCUGCUAUUACCAAAGCAUCAAUUCAUGGAUUUAUGCCGUCUUAUUAUAGUUUGAUCGAUCUUACCAUGA